AUGGAUAUCUUAGCGAAACUUCCACGCGAUGACCGGUACGUGGGAUUCGUCUGGGACCAUCCUCAGUUCGUCCUCGGCAUCAUUUUCGUGUACCUGUGGUAUGUUCUCAAAGCCGGACCGUCGUGGAUGUCGAAGCGCAGAGCGUACAACCUGAAAUGGGCAACUCGUGUUUUCAAUCUGUCGCAAGUGAUAGCGAACUUGUGGUUUUCGUACCACACGAUCACCAUCGCCUGGCGGCACUACCCCAAGGGACAUUUCUCGUUCGGAUGCAUUCCCCCGUCGAAGAUGGCUGAGCUGGACAGUAAAACAGACUCGGACAUGAUCGUGUUUGCUGGACUCGUUUACUUCUGGGUGCGCCUUUUCGACCUUCUAGACACAGUGUUUUUCGUCUUGGCGAAGAAGGAAUCCCACGUCUCGUUCCUCCACGUUUAUCAUCACGCCGUCGUUGUGUUAACUUUCUACUUGUAUCUGAGAUCGGGAUGGUGGCCGAGCUUAUUCUAUGCCGGGGUGAUCAACUCAAUCGUCCACAUCGUUAUGUACACGUACUACUUUCUCUCAACGUUCCCCGGAUUGCGACCGUACCUCUGGUGGAAAAAGUACCUGACAGCGAUGCAGAUAAUGCAAUUUAGCAUCCUAGCCUUGCAACUCUCAUGGAACACGGUCUUCAAUUGUGGAUAUCCCGUGGCAGUGUGUCAGUAUAAUCUCGUGCAAGCCUUCAUCUUCUUGACGCUCUUCACGCAAUUCUACGUGGAGAAUUAUAAACUUGGAAAGAAAACAGUUUAGCGCUCGCUCGCUCACUCCUUCGAAUGGAUCGAAGCGAAGAUUCGUCAACCCUCCUCCAUGUUGUGAGAGCACUCAGGAGAAAAAAUUUGCCCUCAUCCUGAGGUCACAUGAAUCCAUCCUGAUGCGCAAGCUCCAAGGCUAUAUUGUACUAUAUACUGUCUGCAAUCAAGCACGAGUCUUUGGCUAGCGACAGGAACGAAAAUAGCGUAAGAAUAAAG